AAUAUGAACGUGGUUUCCACUUUCCAUCUCCAUUUCUGUUGUUGUUCUUCCUUAAUUAACGCUUCCCAUUAUCAACAACUCCGUUUGGCUUAGUGGGUCUUAUGAUUUUGGCAUUAGUCGGGCCAUUUCUUGUAGAAUUAUCCAUAAGAACUUUGAAUCUUGCGGGAAAAAGCAGUUAAAACAGUCAUAUAGGUCUCGUUUUUGCUUUCAAUUCGAAAGAGCUUCGUGGGUUUAGCUCUCAUUUCAACUUUGAUUGCUGACCCAAUUCGAAUCCUGCUAAUUUUCUUCUUCUUGUUCCUUAACCUACAUUGAUGCUUUGAACGAGUCUCCGCCAUUGUUGUUGUUCAUCAAAAUGAGUUCUCAAGCACCCAAGUCGUCGAAACCCUCAAAACCCCCAAAUCAGUCGCUACCCAUAUCAAGAUCCUCGGCUUCUUCUCUGUCUUCCCAUCUCGCCAUGGUUGAACUCAAGCAAAGAAUCCUCACCGCUCUCUCUAAGCUCUCCGAUCGAGAUACCCACCAGAUCGCCAUUGAAGACCUGGAGAAAAUUGUCCAGUCCAUUUCCCCGGAAGCUAUUCCUAUGCUUCUCAAUUGCCUCUACGACUCCUCUGCUGACCCUAAACCCGCUGUGAAGAAAGAGUCAUUGCGGCUUCUAACGGUUGUUUGUGCUACUCAUAGCGAUUCUACUUCGACCCAUUUGACUAAAAUUAUAGCCCACAUUAUAAGGAGGGUUAAGGAUUCGGAUUCUGGUGUGAAGGAGGCGUGUAGAGAUGCCAUUGGAGCACUGUCGGCGCAGUACUUGAAAGAGGAUAGUUCUGGCGGUGAUAAUGGUGGUCUUGGCUCUGUUGUUGCAUUGUUUGUUAAGCCUCUGUAUGAGGCAAUGGGAGAACAGAACAAGGUGGUUCAGUCUGGUGCUGCAUUGUGUAUGGCUAAGAUGGUGGAGAGUGCGGCUAGUCCGCCCAUCACGGCGUUUCAGAAGCUUUGCCCCAGGAUCUGUAAGUUGCUCAACAAUCCCAAUUUUUUGGCAAAGGCUUCACUCCUUCCUGUGGUAUCCAAUCUAUCACAGGUUGGUGCUAUUGGACAACAGAGCUUAGAACAUUUGCUACCAAGCAUUCAUGAGUUGCUUGGGAGCACUGAUUGGGCAACACGCAAGGCAGCAGCUGAUGCACUAAGUGCUCUAGCAUUGCAUUCAAGCAAUGUCAUCACAGAUGGAGGUGCCGCCACUUUGGCAGUACUUGAGGCCUGCCGUUUCGACAAGAUAAAACCUGUUCGGGAUAGCUUGACAGAGGCACUACAGCUAUGGAAAAAACUUGGUGGGAAAACAGAUGGAGCUGCAGAAAUCCAGAAUGCAUCUCAAGAUGUUUCAGAUGGUGAAAACCAUGAACCAGCACAGUCAUCCGACCUUAAAAGUGCAAAUUCCCCUCCGGGAGCGCGGUCACUGGACAAAGAUAAACCCGAGGAUUCCGUUCCUGUUACAAAUUCAGCUUCGAAAACCAAAUGCAGUAGUAUUUCGGAUAAAGCAGCUGUAAUAUUGAAGAAGAAAGUACCUGCUUUAACUGACAAAGAGUUGAAUCCAGAGUUCUUUCAGAAACUUGAAACUAGAGGGUCCGGGGAUUUGCCCGUGGAGGUGGUUCUUCCUCGGAGACACGCCAGUUCUUCGAACGCAAAUGAUGAGAAAUCGGAGUCAGAUGAUGCAAAUGCUGGGAGAAGAUCAAAUCGUGUUGAAAACAACUCUGAUGAUUUUCAGAGAGCAUUCAACAAGUUUCGAGUCUCCGAACGAGGCGAAACUGCUUCUCAUUCUAAGCUGCAGGACUAUGAUAAGUGGCAUGAGGGGAAAAUAAAUGGACGAGACGCCAGAACAAGAGCAUACAACGUGAACGAUCAAAUUGACGAUAUAUCUCAACGGGAAGCUUCAGGCGCCCGUUCGGACUUCAAAGGAAGUUGGUCUGCUAUCCAGAGGCAACUAUUGCAGCUGGAGAGACAACAGGCACAUUUGAUGAACAUGUUGCAGGAUUUCAUGGGAGGCUCUCAUGAUAGCAUGAUCACUUUGGAAAAUCGAGUACGUGGUCUCGAGAGGGUUGUCGAAGACAUGGCCUGUGAUUUAUCCGUAUCAUCAAACCGGAGAGGUAAUUUUGCUCUAGGAUUUGAAGGAUCGUCUGGUCGGAAUUUAGGCAAGUAUAGUGGUUUUUCGGACUACCCCGGUGCGAAGUUUGGACGAAAUAAUGAUGGGAGAGUUUCGUUCGGAGAGAGGUUCAUUCAACCAGAAGGAACUGGUUCAAACAUGAGAGGAAGGAAUGCUGGAUGGAGACCUGAUGUGAAUGAUGCUAGAGAUUAUCCAGCUUACGUGUCGAGAAACGGGCAGAUGGGCUCUAAGAGACCGUUAGAUGGCGGUAUCGACAAUAGGUCAUCUAGAUCAGAACAGGAAAGCGACCAAAAUGGAGGUGGUAACAGAAGAGCCUGGGAUAAAAGACUUGGUGAGGGGCCAUCUGCUAGAAGUGUUUGGCAAGCAUCAAAAGACGAAGCAACGUUAGAAGCCAUUCGGGUGGCCGGGGAAGACAACGGAGUAUCCAGGACUCCAAACGUGGCGAUUCCCGAACUGACUGCAGACGACAAUGCCAGUCGAGAACGAGAUCCCGUAUGGAGUUCAUGGACUAAUGCAAUGGAUGCCUUCCAGGCAGGUGAUAUGGACACAGCAUAUGCUGAAGUCCUGUCGACAGGGGACGACAUCUUGCUCAUAAAGCUAAUGGAAAGAUCCGGUCCUGUGGUCGACCGAGUUUCAAACGAGACAGCCAUCGAGAUCUUGUGCGCUGUGGGACAAUUUGUAGUCGAGCUGAACUUGUUCGACGUAUGUUUAUGUUGGAUUCAACAGUUGGUAGAAAUAGUUACGGAGAAUGGAGGUGAAUGUUUGGGGAUUCCUAUGAAAGUGAAGAAACAAGUGUUGUUGAAUUUUCAUGAAGCUUCUUCAACAAUGGAACCUCCUGAAGAUUGGGAAGGAGCUUCACCUCAUCAACUUUUGUCACAGUUGGCCUCUGCUUGGAGAAUUGAUAUUGGACAACUUCAAUAGGGUAUCAUGGAAACUAAAACCCGAAAAUCGAGUCACAAAUGCCUUAGUUCUUACCCUCUACCCAUCGGAUUUUUCGAGCUAUGAUUGCUUUGUGUUAGCAUUUAACUAAUUUUGUUCAAAAAAAUUGACGUUUCUCUUAGUUGAAGCUAGUGCAAAUGAUAACUCAAAUCGAUAAAAAAAUAAUAUUUUCGAGUGGAUUUA